GGCUCCGCCCCGACAGCCGGGGGUUGGGCGAGCCAGUGACAGGAGGGGCCGGGCUGGUACUUCAGGCGCCCAGGCCGGCGGGGCGCGCUCCGGAGGCUCCUGUCAGCUGCGGGUGCGGCAGAUCGCAGGGCAGCCCUCGGGCGGCGGCGCUCCCUAGUGCGUCGCGGCGUGGUCCUCCGGCGGCUGUCCCGGGCGGCAGGAGUUGGUGGCGGGAUGUGCUCAGCCAGGGAGCUGCUGCGGGGCGGCGACGGCGGGGAGCGCGACGAGGACGGGGACGCGCUGGCGGAGCAGGCGGCGGCAGGGACCGAGCGGGAUCCCGAUGCGAGCCCGCGGCGGCGCGGACAGCGGCCGAAAGAGAACGAGCAGGAUGUUGAAGAUUCACAAAACCACACUGGUGAGCCUGUUGGAGAUGACUACAAGAAAAUGGGAACACUUUUUGGUGAACUGAACAAAAACCUUAUCAACAUGGGCUUCACAAGGAUGUAUUUUGGAGAACGAAUUGUGGAACCAGUAAUAGUCAUUUUCUUUUGGGUUAUGCUGUGGUUCCUUGGCCUGCAAGCCCUUGGACUAGUUUCUGUUCUUUGCCUUGUUAUUAUUUAUGUGCAACAGUAAAACAUGGCUGAAUGGAAUUGUUUGACAUUUGGUAGCCAUAUAUGUAAUUGAAGAAGUUAUACGUUUCAUUUUUUGACAACCGAAAAAGUUUGCCUUGUUUCAAAUUGUGUGCUGGAUGUUUUGUAAGUAAAUUUAUACAUGGAUGUUACUUAAAACUAAACUCUUGAUCAUAACAGGGUUGAAUAUAUAUUUUGAAUAUACAUUAGCUUAUUCAAAACUCUUGUUUCACUACUAUGAUCUCUGUCCCCUUUAUACACCUCUAUCCCCAUACCAAAUCUUAACUAACACCACCAGAAAGUGAACAGGGAAAAUAACAGGACAUGGAAUUCAAAUCAAGCAAUCUAGUUCUUACAAAGAGUUCCAAUAAAAC